CCGCCCCUCCGUCCCUAGCGCUUUGGCCGGCGCGCCCCUGGCCCAGCUGCGGCGCGUGACGCGGGGCGAGCGGCUCCGGCGGCCACCGCGGGCAGGCACAGGCGGCUGGGUCGGCCGGCGAGCGGGCGGCAUGGCGGCGGCAGGGACCGUGGCGGGCCCGGCGGGGCCUGAGCCCAUGCCGAGCUACGCGCAGCUAGUGCAGCGCGGCUGGGGCAGCGCGCUGGCGGCAGCGCAGGGCUGUGCGGACUGCGGCUGGGGUCUGGCGCGCCGCGGCCUGGCCGAGCACGCGCACCUGGCGCCUCCGGAGCUGCUUCUGCUGGCGCUCGGAGCGCUCGGCUGGACGGCGCUGCGCUCCGCGGCCACCGCGCGCGUCUUUCGGGUCAGUGCAGCUGGGGGCCGAGACGUGGGAGCCCCGGGCUGGGGGACUCCGGGCCGCCGCGCGCCCCUUUCUGUCUCUGCGGGCUGGGUCACUGAACUAAUGGAUAGAGAAUUGGGUAUGGAAAACCAGUGGCCAGUUCGCCCGCAGAGACCCUCAGCCUGCCCCAGCAUGGGGAGGAUGCGUGUCCAGUGUGAGGGCACAGAGGGUUGCUUGGGGAUCCCAGAAGCUCUGCAGGCCCCUGACGGCACGGUCCGGCUCUUCACAGACUGGACACCGGGCAUGGCGGUGCCGCGGGACAUCGCAGCCGCCUACCUGCUACAGGGAAGCUUCUACGGCCAUUCCAUCUAUGCCACGCUGUACAUGGACUCCUGGCGCAAGGAUUCAGUGGUCAUGCUUGUUCACCACGUGGUCACCUUGCUCCUCAUUGUCUCUUCCUAUGCCUUCCGGUACCACAAUGUAGGCAUUCUGGUGCUCUUCCUGCAUGACAUCAGCGAUGUACAGCUGGAAUUCACCAAGCUCAAUGUCUAUUUCAAGUCCCGCGGAGGUUCCCACCAUCCACUGCAUGCCCUGGCUGCAGACCUGGGCUGCCUCAGCUUCAGCCUCAGCUGGUUCUGGUUCCGCCUCUAUUGGUUCCCGCUCAAGGUCCUGUAUGCCACAUGCCACUGCAGCCUGCGCUCAGUGCCUGACAUUCCCUUCUACUUCUUCUUCAACACACUCCUGCUGCUUCUCACGCUCAUGAACCUUUACUGGUUCCUGUACAUCGUGGCUUUUGCUGCCAAGGUGCUGACAGGCCAGGUGCGUGAGCUGAAGGAUGUGCGGGAAUACGAUGCAGCAGAGGCCCCGAGCCCCAAGCCCAGCAAAGCUGAGAGGCCGCUGAGGAACGGCCUGGUGAAGGACAAACGCUUCUGAACCCUUCGACUCCCGCCUCAUCACCCAGGACCCAGCCCCGCCCAACCUC